GACGUCUAAACUAGUUCCGGUCUUACUUCCGAGUGUAGCCCUGUGCUGUCCAAAGUACAUCAUUUCUUUGAAUUUUGUGUUUUAAAAGGCUAAAUCGUCCCCAUGGGGGGUAAGAACAAACAGCGAACUAAAGGAAAUGUCCGGCCGUCUAGCAGCGGCCGGGCUGCGGAGGUUCUUAGCCGGGAGGGCGGAGUGAUCCCGGGCUUCGUGGGCUUCGGCUCCACGGCCACGUCUGAGCUGAGUUAUGUGCCAGCUGUUCACGGCGCGGAGGACAUCGACAGUCUGGUUGAUGCGGACUUCCGGAUGGUCCUGAGGAAACUCUCCAAGAAAGAUGUUGUCACCAGACUGAAAGCUGUGCAGGACUUUGGAUCCAUGUGUCAGGAAAGAGAUGCAGAAGAAGUUAAAGGAGUUUUGCCGUUCUGGCCGAGGAUCUACUGCAAGAUAUCAAUGGAUCACGAUCGUCGCAUCAGGGAGGCUACCCAGCAGGCCUUUGAGCAGCUGGUGCUGAAGGUUCGCCGCAGCUUGGCGCCCUUCCUGAAGAGCUUGAUGGGUCACUGGAUUCUGUCCCAAUGCGACACCUACACCCCUGCAGCCUCUGCUGCAUGCCAGGCGUUCCAGGCAGCGUUCUCGCCCUCCAAACAGCCAGAGGCUCUCGGCUUCUGCAAAGACGAGAUCCUCAACGUUCUUCAGGAUAUUUUGUUGAACGAAACGGCCGACUCGUUGAGCGAUCCACAAAAUGUCACAGCGGAGGAGAAGGAAGCCAAGUAUCUGCGCAUGCUGACCAGUUCCCUGCUGGGAGUGAGAACACUUCUUUCCCUCCUGCUUCCGAGCGACAGGGCAGCCCUGGAGGGUCGACUAGCCUCUCUGCUGAGUUCUGGGAAGUUCUGGAAGUACGGCAAACACAAAUCCCCCCAGGUUCGAGGCGCUUUUUUUGAGAUGGUUUGUUCCCUGUGCGAGUUCACGCCCGGACUGGUCCAAGCGGAGGCGGGCCGGCUCUGCCCCGCCGUGCUCCUCAGCAUCGACGACACGGAUCCGGUGGUGCUUCCUCCUGUGUGGGAGGCGGUUCUUCAUGUUGUCUCCACGAUUCCUGACUGUUGGACCCACGUGAACGCCCGGAAGGCCUUCUUACCGAAACUCUGGUCUGUUUUGAAAGAGGGCGGUAAGGGCAUGGCCAAAGCGCUUCACCCUAACUUGAUGCCGCUGCUCAGCAAGUUGCCUGGAGAGGUCACCGAUCCAAGCGUGGACUUCUACAACAGCUUCUUCGCUGCCCUCACACAGGGUCUGUCCAGUGAGCGCGCUCUCACCAGCCAAUCAGAAAGCGCCGCGAUAGUGACUUCCUUUGUAGAGUGUCUAAAGUUCUGCGUUCUGAAAGUGGCAGACGGCCAUGACAGGAUGAGAACCGUUCUUGUUUCACAGCAGCUUCUGCCUUUGAUAGAACGAGCUCUGAGCGAAGCCUCCCUUCAGAACGGGCCUCUGUUUUAUCUGCUCACCGACAUGCUGCUUUCCUGGGAAAGAAAAGCAGCUGUGAGCGGCGAAGGAGAAGCUCCCGCCGCCAGUGAGAACUUUCAGAGUCUUCUGGAGGAUUUCUGGGAGGACCUGGGCCUUCUGUGUGUUCGCUACGUCGACGACGAGCAAGCAGAUCCACGGCGCCUGGAGGGGUUGGCCUUCCUGCUCCAGGUGAUGCGUUCUCCCGAAACGACGAGGACCAAACACACGCAAAAGAAAAAAUCCACCCGGAUCUGCUUUUCCAAGUUGGGAAAAGCAGAGACAACCGCGGAGGACGGCGUGAAGAAGCCCGCUCAGGGGACGCCGGGCAUCACGAACGAGAACGCCACCGGGGCGCUGCAGGAUGGUCACUUUGAAGACAUCGUGUGCCAGCUGGCGCUGAUCUGCCUCACUCAUGUUAGCGAGAAGAACUCGGAGAAGCACCUGGUUUUCCUCUCCCGCCUGCUGAGCUCUUUCCACACGCCCAGAGUCUUCAGGACCUUGGCUGAAUCCGGUGAGCAGAAAAGCGAGGAGGAGGAGAUGAAGAACAACCCGGCGGUGCGGUUUCUCCUGGAGCGGGUGGUGGUGUGGCUGUCCGAGAGUGACCGCAGUGACACCGAGCCCCUGGUGGAGAUGACCUUCAGCUCCUUCCGCUGCUGCAGCCAGCAGGAGAUCACCCGCAUCCUCAGCCACAUCACCACGAUGGGUUUACCAUGUGGAGUCCUCCUGCAACUUAUCCAGAGAGCUUGUAAAGACUCGGAGACUCUCUCAGCUUGUCGUGAUUGGCUGAAAGGUUCCGUUCUGGGGCAGCAGCUUCUGGAGCUGACCAAGGAGCUCUGCAGGGUGGGGAGCAGCUCCCGCCCUUCAGCGUCUACCACAGGCGGCCACAGCUGGACGCUCAUCAGCCUGGUUCUGUCCCGAAACCAUGACGACGAGUCUGUGAUCGGGGACGUCUACCUGGAGAAGAUCCUGGAGAAGCUCCACGCCACUUUGUCUGAGACCAAGAGUCUGUCAGACGCGGGAAACGCCGAGCCGCUGGUGUCCUUCAUCUGCGAUGUGGCCUCCUCUUUCUUCUCGUCGGUGCGAGGUUGUCUGUCGCUGCUUCCUGCAGAGGAGCUGCUUCUCACCGUCUUCCAGCUCGCCGCCCAAGACCAGAGACAAACGCGUCUGACUGACUCUGUGGUGGAAAAGCUGGAGGGAGUGUGUGUGGCGGGGGUGCGGUCGCUGGUGCAGGACUGUGACCUGGAGCUGGACGAAGGCGGUUUCCUGCACAGCGCUGCUGUUUGGGUGAAGACUCAUCUGCUCACUGCCUCUCUGGAUGUUAAAAGCUUGCAGGUCCUUGCUGCAGCGGUCCAGACUUUAAUCGAGACGGUCGGUUCUGUUAGCUCCCAAGCUCUUCCCAUUCUCAGCAACUUCUUAAACCUUCUGAUGCCCAACCAGACGGAAUGGACGCGACUCCGGCAGGCCCUCCCUCCCCAGUGGAUCGCCUCGGCUGUGCUUUCCAGCCACUACAGAGGAGUUUUGGACAAACCCACACGGGACAUGUGGACGUUUCGGGAGUUUCAUUAUCUGCCAUCGCACCUCUGCGUCUGCGCACUCUUAGGGAGGGUGGCUCAGACGGCGGCGGCUGUGUCUGCCGACCACAAGGAGGCGGAGUCUUCUCUGCCUCUGCAGCACCUGACAUCUGCAGUUUCAGAGCUGCUGUACGCGCUGCAGUGGUGCAGAGAGUUCAAGUUCAGCCCCACCCUAGUGUCGUCCUUUCACACACUCCUGACAGAAUGGGGACUGUCAGACGGACGCCACAGCGGACUUCCUGUUCAACCGUUGCUGGAAAGACUUUAUUCAAAGUCUCUGCAGGACGGAGGUCUUUGGUCUCUGACUCUCCACAACUUCCUGUCCACCAACGGCCAAGAGGGAAGUUGCGUUGCGGCUCUCAGGAGGUUGUAUGGCAGUGCCGACAGUCUGUUCCCAGUCUCCCAAAGCACACUGAGCACGCUCCAAGUGAUCGUCACGGCGAUGACCGACGAGCACAGAGAGACCCUCAUCACGCUGGCCACCGCGGGGUUGAUCAACUGGCAAGAGAACGACGAUGUGCACGGGUGUCUGGCGGUGCUGCUCUGCUGCCUACAUGCAGACGCGGCGGUGGAGGAGGACAUCGUGAAGGCGGUGCUGGCCACAGUGAUGGAGUGGAGGAGCAGCAGAGAGGACUGGUUUCUGCUCAGCUGUGAUCUGGCGGACACAGCCUGCGAAAGCGUGAACCUGACCGUGGAAACCAUGCGCUUACUGUCCUGGGUGCUUGGUCACCACCCAACAGUUCUGGGUGGCAGCCAGUGGGACUUUGUGCUGUGCUCGCUGUUAGCCUGGCUGGAGACGUGCAGCGAGAGCGUCGGCAGCCUGUGGAACCCCUGGGUGCAGCUGUUUGUGAGCGAGACCGCCGCCCUCGUCGUGCAGCUCAGCCAGUUCUUCGCCUGCGCCCCGUCAGACGUGCUGCAGAGCUUACCGCCUGACGUUUCCGCCGAGUGGGCAGAUUUCUUCGUGGAGGGAAUCUACAGCCUGCUGUUGCCUCUCGCCGUCAAGAUCACCGAGGCCUUCCCUGAACCGGACGAUCCGGCGUUCCCGACGGCCGCCCUGCAGUCUGUGGGAUCGGCUCUGACGUACACCCCGCUGCAGCAGCUGCUGAAAAGCUCGCUGCCGCCUCGAUUCAUCGCCGACCAAAAGACGAACCUGCCCGAGAGUCUGCAGACGCUCCUCAACACUCUGUGCCCCCUGCUGCUGUUCAAGGCCCGACCUCUGCAGGUCACCGUGCACCACCUGCUGGACAAGGUGAUGCCUCAGCUGCCCGAGUGUGACGGAGACGGAGACGCCACCAAGUCUGACGACGACGACGGAGAUGAGCCGUGCCUGUCCCCUCCGGCGUCCCUCAUGGCCGUCCUGUCCACCUGCGAGGAGCUGUGUGACAACAUCCUGGCGGGGGUCCAGGUGGGGGAGUUCGCCGUGGUGCAGCCGCUCAGUGUGGAGUACUCCUGCAUCCUGGGGUACCUGCUGGCGUGGAAGCUGCUUCUGACGUUCUUUAAGGCCUCCCCCUCCCAUUUGCGCGCCCAUUACGCUCAGUACCUCAAACGAAGCGGCUCCCUGAAAAAGCUCCUCCUUCAUCUCUUCAAACUGAUGCCGGAGAACCCGGUGUACCCGGGUCAAGGGUCGGAGACGAAGGACGCCAAAACCUUUUUCACCGAAAGCAUGACGCUUCAAGUUGACCAAAGGGAAGGUUUUGAGUGGGAGCUCCCCCACCUGGCGUGCGGCGUGUACUACAGCACGGUGCAGGACCUGCCCGCCAUGGUGCGGCUGUGGUGGAACAGCCAGGAGAAGAAAGUGAGCACCGCCGUGGAGAGGUUCACCAUCAAAUACGUCAGUCCGGUGCUCUCAGCCCAGGAGAUCUCCUCGGUCCAGAGCAGCACGCAGAUCUUCGACAGCAUGACUGUGAAAGCUCGCCAAGCAGCCCGAGAAGUCAUCGCCACCUAUUCGGUUGACGACAUCUUCAUCGAGUUGGUGAUCCAGCUGCCGCAGAACUACCCUCUGGGCUCCAUCGCCGUGGACAGCGGGCGGCGUGUGGGCGUGGCCGUGCAGCAGUGGAGGAACUGGAUGCUGCAGCUCAGCACCUACCUGACGCAUCAGAACGGCAGCAUCAUGGAGGGCCUGGCUCUGUGGAAGAACAACGUGGACAAGCGCUUCGAGGGAAUAGAGGACUGCAUGAUCUGCUUCUCCGUCAUCCACGGCUCCAACUACUCCCUGCCUAAGAAGGCCUGCCGCACCUGCAAGAAGAAAUUCCACUCUGCGUGUUUGUACAAGUGGUUCACGUCCAGCAACAAGUCCACCUGUCCGCUCUGCAGAGAAACCUUCUUUUAGGCCCUGAAUGAAAGCUGCUGAUCCUGCAGAACACAGCUCUUCUAUCCGCUCUCACUCCAGUGGAUUUGAAUAUACUUGUGCUUCGUGUUGCAAAGACCAUCAGUGACCUCCUGCUGACCCCAUUCAGUCUCUGUAAGCCGGGCUGGUAAAUGUUUCGGGUGCCAAAGCAAAUAUUUCCUAAUAUUUAGGAGUUUAAAAGGAGUUUUUUUCCCCCUGCAUAAAUCAUGCUACAAUGUAAGAAAAGAUUAAAAAAAGGUGAAAAGUUG